AUGCGCGCCUUCUCAUUCUUCCUGGUUGGCCUGCUAGCCUCUGCCAAACGUGACAGCCGCAAGACUGAAGGCCAUAGCAAGCUGGCCGAAGCCACUCCGUCGAGCGCGUUGCGGAAGAGCAAGCGUCAACCUCAGGCGGCCGAAAAGGGUGCGGCGCCGACCGAAAGAAGAAAGCUGCUGGCGGAAGAACCCAGACAGCUGCACGACGAAGAAGUCGUCAGUACGCCGCUCAAGACUCUGGUCCAGGCCAUCCGCGGAACUGAAGCAGACACGCCCAUGCUAGCUCAAGUCGUCGGCACUGUAGCAGACACAGGCCGAGGCCUCAUUGGCACAGCCAUCAACGGCAACCGACUCCUCCAGAACGACGCUCGUAGGGUCGUCGAAAACGCCGCUCUGCCACUGUACCAGUCCCUGGCCUCCGACGCCAAGGUGAUUCUGGGCACCGGGAAAACUCUGGUGGGCAGCGCCGCCGAAACCAUCGGCUACCGCACUCUCAAGCAGGACGCCAGGAAUAUUAUCGUUAACGCCGCCGACGUCGUGCGUCAAGGAGAACAGAACCUCGCUGGAACAUUCAAGAACUUCUUACCGCCAGUUAUUGUCGGCACAAUCGGAGAACCUGCCAGCUAA